AUGGAUACGGAUCGUGUGAAUCUAUCGGCCAAAGACGAAGCGUUAUUAAUCUUAGAAUAUUUGGAAAAUGAACAGAUGUCGAAAACCUUUUUGAAUUUUCUCGAAGAAAACAAACAUCUAGCGGAAUUGCGCGCACGUCUCUAUGCGAAUUACGAACAUCCCGGUCAAUACUCUACUGAAACUGACAAUGAAGUGAUUGAUUUUCAGAGUUUUUUUAAUUUAUCAAAACAGAAUGAACGUCUUGAUCAAACUUUUUUAACUUCCCAAAUCGAUACCAAUAAUUCUAAUGAUUUAUUUUUUGAUGACGAUUUUUUAAAUGUUAAUCUCAAUGAUUUAAUUAGUCAAACGCCACCUAUGGAUUACCCACAUGAUUUACCCGAUACUCCUGUACCAUCUGUUCCACCAGUAUCGCUCAAUGAGAAUGAAGAUUUUAAUUCUGCACUUGAACAAUUGUUCGCUAUGCAACAUGAACCAUUAGCGACUCCACCGCAUCAAAUCGUUCAGAUUAUUUCGGAGACCACUCCAAAACCAUCGUUUACGAAAUGUAUUGUUGUGACACAAGAUUUUCUUCAAUCGAUGUAUACGCAACAACCGACGAUUACAAGUAGCAAUAUUAGUUCGAUUCCUCGAGCUAAACGUCGCCGACGACGAUUGAAAGCAGGCAAAGAAAAUUAUCAUCAGCAAAGGAAAAUCAUGCCUAGAACACCACCCGUUAAUUCAUUAGAUAUAUAUAUAUACACACAUAUUAUAUUUGUAUCCACGUCUAAUUUUCCGUCUCAACAAUCGGUUCUCAUUCAAACAAAUGCUUCGCCUGCAACGUAA